GUCUAUGUGCAAACAGAAGGUACUUCAAUGUGAGGAAGGGGUGCAUACUAGUGGCCACCCCCAGAGCCACGCUGCUCACAUUCUGAGUUUACUGAGAAGUCAGCAUGAGGGCUGAGCUGCCUGUGGACUCUGAGACGGAGAUCUGGGAGACUGUGACCACGCAGGAGAGGAGCCAGUCCCUGUAUGCCCCAGCGGUGGCCAACCCAUUCCUGCAGCAGACACACAUCAGUGCUUGGCGCUGGGCCCGCACCAUCCUCCUGGGGACUGCACUGGUGCCCAUGCGGGUGACCUGCCUCGCCUUCCUCUUCAUCCUCCUCUGGCCUGUGGUUGUGCUUUCCACCUUUGGUCUUCCUGCUCAACGUGUCGAACCCACUAAAAGUUGGAGAAAAAAUCUGAUGAAACCACUACUUAAAUUCUUGUUUCAGGUGGCAAUCUUUUUUGUUGGGUUCAUGGUUAAAGUGAAAGGGAAAAAAGCGACUCGAGAUGAGGCCUGUAUCUUCGUUACUGCUCCACACUCUACUUUCUUUGAUGUCAUCGCCUGCGUUGUGGCAGGAUUACCCUCAGUGGUCUCUGCAAGUCAAAAUGUGCAGGUGCCAAUAGGUGGGAAACUCCUCCUGUUAACAGAGCCGGUACUUGUGACUCAAGACGACCCAGAUUCUAGAAAGAACACCAGAACUGAAAUACUGAAGCGAGUAACAUCUGGAAGGAAGUGGCCACAGAUUCUGAUUUUUCCAGAAGGUGUGUGUACCAAUCGCUCCUGUCUGAUCACUUUUAAGCUAGGAGCCUUCUCUCCAGGUGUCCCAGUGCAGCCAGUGCUGCUCAGAUACCCAAAUACCCUGGACACAGUGACCUGGACCUGGCAGGGAUUUACAGGCUUUCAGGCCUGCAUGUUAACUCUGAGUCAAACUUUCACCAGAGUAGAGGUUGAGUUUAUGCCUGUUUAUAUCCCAAAUGAUGAAGAAAAAAAAGACCCCCUCCUUUUCGCCAAUGCAGUCCGAAUUAACAUGGCAAAUGCUUUGGGGGUGCCUGUGACUGACCACACUUACGAAGAUUGCAGACUGAUGAUUUCUGCGGGUAACCUUCAACUCCCCAUGGAAGCUGGUUUGGUAGAAUUUACAAAAAUUAGCCACAAACUAAAAUUAGAUUGGGAUGAUGUUCACAACCAUUUGGAUGAAUAUGCUACAAUUGCAGUUGCCUCUAAAGGACAGGAGGUAGGAAUUGAAGAGUUUUCAAGUUAUCUAAAACUCCCCAUUUCAGAGCCCUUGAGACAACUUUUUGCUCUCUUUGAUAGGAAUAACGAUGGCAUCAUGGACUUUAGAGAGUACGUGAUAGGUCUGACUGUCCUGUGCAAUCCUGCCAACACUGAGAAGAUUCUGCAAAUGUCGUUUAAGCUUUUUGAUCUAGAUGAAGAUGGUUUCAUAACAAAACAGGAAUUCACUGCUAUACUUCGGGCAGCUUUUGGAGUGCCAAAUCUUGAUGUUGCCAGACUCUUUCAGGAAGUAGCUGGAAAGAGCUCAACACACAUUUCAUACAACACCUUUAGGGAAUUUUCCCUGAAGCAUCCAGUGUAUGCCAGGUUAUUUACUUCAUAUUUAGACCUCCAGGCUGCCCAUAUAUAAGUACCACAAGAAAUACAGUCUUAA